CCCCCAAAAAAGCCGUACCGAAAAGAAGUUACCCCCAAAACCGCAAGAACAUCCAGAGAUUUCGCGAUACAAAACUCCCCCGUUCGAAUGCGCUCUCCACUUCACAAUCGCAUGCGCUCGCAAUUCGAGUGAUGAUCGGAGCGGCGACGAGUCAGAUCGCUCAGCAGCUCCCGCCCCCGCCGUCGCCGCCCUUUCCGCCGCCGCCCUCGCCGCCGCCGCCGCCGCCGCCGCCGCAGCAGCAGGCCGCGCCCGCCGCCUCGAGCCGGUUCUCCCCCUCCGUCGUCAACGCGUUCAGGGUGGCCGCCGUCGCCCAGCGGCUGUCUCUCUACCUCAGCAGCGGCGCCGACAAGGGCUCUUGCUCGUCGUCGCCCCGCGAUACUGCCAUGGAGUUCCUGAACUCGUGCCUUUCCCUCGCCAGAGGCAUUGACUAUGCUGUUGCGAACAACGAGGUUCUGCCGAAAGCUCACGAGUUACCCGCAUUGUUGAAAAGGCUCUGCCUUCUUAAAGAUGAUGGUUUCUAUCUUGCAAUUAUUAUGGUUCUGAUGAUCUCUGUAAAGAAUGCUUGCAAAUUUAAAUGGUUCUCAGAGGAGGAUUGUCAAGAGCUCCUUGCACUUGUUGAUGAAAUUGGGAAAAGCUUUCAAAGUCCAAGAGACACUACUGUUGGAAGUACUGCCUCUUUUUCUCUAGUUUCAACUAUUAUGGCAAGAUUCUAUCCACGGCUGAAAAUGGGCCAAAUUCUUACUUCGUUGGAAGUAGAGCCUGGAUAUGGAGCAUUGGUCAGUGAUUUUCACAUAUCUAAGACCGUGGUGCACUCUCCAGAAGAGAAAAUAAGGUUCUUUGUAGCUCAGACAGAUAACAUAGAGACAUCUGCAUGUAUUAUAACUCCUCCACAAGUAAGCUUUCUACUAAAUGGAAAGGGAGUAGAGAGAAGGACUAAUGCUUUUGUGGAUACUGGACCUCAGAUGCCUACAUAUGUCACUCAAAUGCUUAAGUAUGGCACAAACCUUCUGCAAGCUGUUGGCCAGUUCAAUGGUCAUUAUGUGAUAAUCAUUGCCUUUAUGAGUGUGGCAUCGCCACCUGAUUCAUCAACAAUAUCAGAUUAUAUUCCAGCAACCAUUGCUGCAGCAGAUUCAGACUCCGAUAUAAUAGAGGUGGCAUCUCGUAUAUGUCUCAAUUGUCCCAUAAGCCGGACCCGUAUCCAAGUACCUGUUAAAGGACAUUCCUGCAAACACCAUCAGUGUUUCGAUUAUAGUAAUUUCCUCAGCAUAAAUUCAAGCAAACCAUCUUGGCGCUGCCCUCAUUGCAAUCGACCUGUCUGCUUUACCGACAUCCGUGUUGAUCAAAACAUUGUGAAGGUCCUGCAAGAAGUGGGCGAUGACAUUUCUGAGGUAACAAUCACUGUUGACGGUUCAUGGAAGGCAGUUAUGGAGUGCAAUGAUGAUCUAUAUGAGACUCCCAAUGAUACCAUGAACUGCCUUAAACAAGGGUCCAAGCAGCGAAAAUCUACUGUUUCUUUAAAUGCCAUUCCCAGUGUUUUGGAUCUAACAGGGGAUGAUGAUGAAAUGGAUGGAGUCUUUACUUCUGAACCUGAAGAGAGGAAACCUUUGCAAUCUGAUUUUUUGAUUCGGAGCAUUCCCACAAAUCCAUCUUUGCCAUCUACAUUAAACAACGGAAGCACUGUAACCCAACUUGCUCCAGGGGGAAAUAACUUGCCUGGAUUUGUUCAAACUCCUUCAACAUCAAAUGCUGGGCAGGAGAUGCAAAUACAUGGGGGUCUACCUCAGGCAAUCUCUGCGAUUGUCACUUCGCCAUUGGCUGGUGCCGUCUCUUCAACACCAGCUCAAGAUGCUCAAUUUCUUGGAAAUUUCAUAGACUCCAUGAUGCAAGCUCAUUUGUCUGUUCCCAAUAAUCUACAAAUGCAACAGUCACCAGUUGUUAAUACAGCUGUUGGACAUGAAUAUGGGAAUACGCCCUCCAUACCUAGACAUGUACCUAGAACUCCCGUAGGAAUACAGGCCCUCCCAGCCCGCACCCAGACACCAAGCACAUUGCAGCGAUCACGGAGUAUGAUGAAUCCUAUGAUUGCCAGUGGUCCUUCCAUGGCUCCACAGCCUACAAUGUCUACGACUCAGCCUCUAGAAGGUUUUGGAAGUGUAGGAAUGCACGUGGAGAGGCAGCAGCAAAUUUCUAGACCUCCUGCAAAUCCCCUUCAAGUCUCGAACAUCCCUCCAUCAGCAUUGCUCCGGAGCUCACCAAUGCAGGAUCGAUCAUUCUCCACGGGACAAUCAGUCCCAAUGCCUAUGAUGCGCCCGUCUCCUGGUCAAUUCCAAGGUCGUCCUAGAAUAUCUGGACUAUUCCAGGCAUUCCAAAACCAGCACUUACAGCAAGCUCUGAACCCGACAACUUCACCAUCCACUACCCAUUCUCCAAGCAUGGGUAGACCACUUCUUCCUCGAUCUGCUCCAGUCAGUCAAACACCUGGUUCAUCAAGAUUGUGGCCUUCUGCUCAACAACCGGCCAUGCCAGUGCAAACUCCGGUGCAGUUGCAGAGUCAACCUUCCAGAAUAGGGACUUCUCUACCUGAUAGUUUCAGGGCAUCGGCAGGUGACCAAAGAGCUAACACUGGGGUACCCUCUCCCUCAGGUGGCGAUGGUACUGGGGAGUUGUCAGUGGAGCAAAAUUGGCGUCCUACACGUCCAAUGCGCGGAAGCAUUACUGGACGGUCACACUUGGAUAAUAAUCUUACUGUGAUCCGGCCAACCCAACAGGCUCAGGCUACUCCAUCCCCAUCUGCUGUGGGUUCAGCCUCACCUACGGUUCCACCUCACCUUCGGGUUCCUAAUCCUAUAAUCAAUAGCAGAAGUCAUCUAGGUUAUCCCCGGGGUACCCAGUGACCAAGCUAAGAUCAUCGUACCGCGAUGACCACCCGAUUUUGGAGUUAAUGGUGGCUGGUAGUUUUGCGCAGCGUUUUCACACCAUAGGCACUGGGGUUCAUCUGCUGUUGGCGUUUUACUCGGUGUUAUGAUCGAUGUAAUCAGUUAGCACUGUAGAUGUGUGCGCAGUUUUAUCUAUAGUUAAUUUCAUCUUUCUUGCUAUCGACAACAUUUUAAUGUGUUUUCAGACAGUUUCUUCUUGGUUU